AUCAUGUGAUAGAAUUCACCCACGUGGCUGUUCUGUGUGGCUGUUCAGUGGAGUCUCCCCAAUACUUUAGUCGAGUCAUGUCCAAAGCUGUGUCUUGUGGUAGAGACAUCACAUGUGUGCCAGACCUCCCCAAGACAAUUCAGCUUGCUGGCCAAGAUGGGUUUGACUUUGUGUCAGUUCCAUUGUUUCACCCUCGCUACAAGAGGGAGUACUUCAUACCUGGUUACACUAGACCCGGCCCGGCCACCCGCAGUGACAAGGUCAUAAACUCAUCUGAUUGGUCGACUCUGGCGGUUACUAAACUUUCUCCAUGGAUACAACUGGAUAGCAAAGAUGAUACUCAACGAAGACUCUCAGAGAAAGCAUUCCAUGAGGAGCUGUCGUUGGCGAUUCAUCUCAACGUCCCGGUAAUCAUGAUCCCCCUCACCAGCGGGGACUGUGCCAACCUGGCCCGUUGCAUAAGUCGUUACCUUCUGCAGUCUAACCACCACAUUUUUUGGAUUAAAAUUCCUAUAAAGUCGCCUCAAGAUGAGCUGAGUUGUCAAGGCCAAGCUAAUGACGAAGAUCCAUGGGAGUGGUGGAACACACUAUUUACUCUGUGCUCGCAAAAUAAGAAACUGGGAGUGGCCCUUGAACUGUGCUCUGAGUUGCCUCCACUGAGUAAGGUGGAUCGUUGGUGUGGGGAACCUCUCAAGACCAUCGUCUUAUCAACAGAUCUGUUUAUGAACAACAAACGCGGAUACCCUGUCCUCUCUCGCAUACAUCAGGCCUUCAUGGAGAAGGUGUUCAAGCUGGAUGUGCAGUUACUCCUGACUGGUGCAUCAAAAUUAGAGUAUGGAAUCCCCUCCUACUAUCAGUACUUGAACCAUAUUUAUCAGUCGCGACCCUCCCGAUCUCUGAUUGAGAAGUUCUCUAAAGGUUACGAGGAUUACCUACAGAACCCACUACAGCCGCUAAUGGAUAACUUGGAUUCUCAGACCUACGAGAUUUUCGAGAAAGACCCAAUCAAAUAUGUCCAGUACGAGAAAGCUGUUGCUAGGGCCCUCACGGACAGAGUACCUGAUGAGAUGAAAGACUCCACAACAACGAUUGUGAUGGUGGUGGGUGCUGGCAGGGGCCCUCUGGUUGACGCGUCCCUGAGGGCAGCCAAAUCUGUGGACAGAGAGAUUAGGAUCUACGCUGUGGAGAAGAACCCUGGGGCUGUUGUCACACUCCUCAACCGCGCCUCUGAAGACUGGGACGACCGUGUGACUGUGGUGUCAUGUGAUAUGAGAAAAUGGUCUGCCCCCGAAAAGGCAGACAUCUUGGUGAGUGAGCUGCUAGGGUCAUUUAGUGACAACGAGCUCUCCCCAGAAUGUCUGGAUGGGGCUCAGUCCUUCCUUAAGAGUGACGGUAUCAGCAUACCGUGCUCAUACACCUCUUAUCUCUCCCCCAUCUCGUCCCCCAAACUCUACAUUGCAGUCUCCGGCUGCAAAGAGAAAGACAAGGCCUACCAGUUCUCCCACUACGAGACCCCCUACGUAGUGAGACUACAGAAUGUUCAUGUACUAGCUGAACCGGUGCCAUGCUUCACAUUCACCCACCCUAACUAUAAUAACCCAAUCAAUAAUGAGCGCUAUCUGGCAAUGACCUUUGACCUCAAGGAAGCAGCAGUGCUCCAUGGGUUCGCUGGUUACUUUGACACCAUCCUCUAUGAUGACAUCACACUGAGUAUUCACCCCCGUACUCACUCCACUGGAAUGAUCUCCUGGUUCCCGAUAUUCUUCCCCAUUAAGGAUCCAAUGUAUAUACCAGCAUCAUCUAAGAUCACAGUUCACAUGUGGAGAGUAUGCUCUGCGAAGAAAGUGUGGUAUGAAUGGUGUUUGACUGAGCCGUUCAAAUCGUGUUUACAUAACCCCAAUGGCCGCUCUUACUGGAUAGGUCUCUAGAGGCAGCUGUUGCAUAAUGAAAACUGUAAAACUUUCUCGCAAACGGCAAUUUUACAUUCCUUUCUCAACUAUUUUCAUGAUCCUUAUUAUGGAUCUUAUUUUCUCCCUUGCAUUCUCAGAUUUAUGUAAUUGCACUGUGUUAUUGCAGAUAAUUUGCAAACUA